CAAAACUUAAAAAAAUGACCUAACAGAAGAAAACAUUAAAAAACGACUGUCGCUAGAAAACUACUUCUAAAUCUAAAAAUGUGUUUUUAAUAAUAGUUUGAAAAACUGAAACGUUAUCUAUAAAUGAAUAUAAUAGUAGCUUAACCUGAGUCAUCCUAACGGAUGCUCUUAUGAUCUCGGCAAAAUACAAAUAACCUCCAAACACAUGUACGGUAAAAUAACAAUAGUUAGUAGAGUAGUUAGAAUAAAUAAUACCCGUUGCUACUCCAAGGACAGUAGUAAAAAAUUGUUGGAAUUUCUAGCCAGCAUGCCAAAAGGUAAUUCGGAAAGAAUUUCCGGCGCACAACGUCAAAGACAACUAAUAACAAAAAAGUCUGAAAAAUAUGGCCCCAGUACAGUUUACUUACAAGUGCUCGGUUCUGGGGCUAGAGGAGCUCCUAAUACCCUUUAUUUAUUUACUGAUCAAAAACGUUACUUAUUUAACUGUGGUGAAGGCAGUCAGAGGCUUGCCCAUGAGCAUAAAGUGAAAUUAUCAAGACUGGACCAUAUUUUUAUUACAAACAAGACUUGGAAGAACAUUGGAGGCCUUCCUGGUCUGUCACUUACACUUCAGGAUGUCGGAGUGCCAAAUAUAACCUUACAUGGACCUGAUGGAUUGGAUGAAUUAUACAAUGCAACCAAAAGGUUCGUCAUUAUGAAAGAAAUGAACGUUACAAUGGCCAAAUGUAGCCCCAGCACUGACUUUGAGGAUAAUGUAAUGACUGUGAAAUAUGUUCUCCUGGGACAACAGGAUAAAAUUUUCAAAACGGAUUCAACACCUAUUGCUAAGAGACCAAAGCUUGAUGGUUCUCCGGACAGUGAAUUUGAGGAAUUUAUUCAUGACGAUACUGACUAUUAUGGGAGAGAACCUAAAAACCCACAGGAGCAUAAGAAUAAACAAUCUAAAACAAAACACAAGGUUCCUAGCAAAGAUCCUCUUAAGGUAAAGAAUGAAAAAGUUUUGAAUGAACUUCAAAAUCAUAGUCAUUGUACUGUGGCGUACAUUUGCACAUUAAAGAAACGUCUUGGUACCCUCAUUCUAGAGAAAUGUGUAGAAUUGGGUGUCAAACCAGGGCCUAUGUUGGGGCAGCUGAAGAGUGGUCAGGAUGUAGUUUUACCUGACGGUAAAAUUGUAAGGUCAAAAGACGUCAAGACACCUGAUGAUCCUGGACCAGUUUUUAUUGUGCUGGAAGUACCGGAUUUGUCGUAUUUGAAGGAAGACGACUUUGCUGCACAUUUCGACAAUGGUACUAACCCACCUGAGAGUGUUCCCGCAGUUAUAGUGCAUUACACAACUCCACACGUUUUUAACCAUCCAACUUACCGCGCCUUCAUAUCGAAAUUCGGGUCAUCGACCCGCCACUUAGUCCUGAACACUCAGAACGCUUGUCUCGGCUCGGAGGCAGUCCAUCGCUCACAACAACGCCUACACCUGCUAGACGCAGAUAUGUUUCCGCUACUAAGGGACGCGUCCAUACCCGCGCUGUGGGCCCCCGGCCGCCCGGGCCCCCAGCUGGAGGGGGCCCGGCUGAGGGGCCUCGAGGAAUUGAAGAACAAGAUCGCUGUCGCGCAGUUCCAGAACAUUAUAAACAUGGAGGGUUCCGGGGGAGACGCUGACUUGAACGCGACAGAUUCGUCUGCGAAGCUUGACCUCAUAGCUGGACGCACGCUUAUGAUGAUCCACUUGAGGCCUAAGAAAGAACUUGAUAGAUCUGCAGAACCCAAACUCCACAUACAAGAAUACAUUCAAGAAGCGAUGGACGUAGACGGAUUUGUUGAAAGUCUUGAACAUUUCCGGAAAAUAGUUGAAAACAUUCGUUACGGUAAAAACCACGUUCAAAAGGAGUACCCAAAGGUCAUUUUUCUCGGAACGGGGUCUUGUAUACCGAGCAAGACUAGAAAUACCAGCGCAAUCGUUCUCCAAAUUGACGAAAAUAGUUCCAUGUUACUGGACUGCGGUGAAGGCACAUUCGGGCAACUUGUUCGCUUCUUUGGACCCAAACGAGUUAAUGCCUUCCUGAGGACACUGAAGGCUGUGUAUAUUUCACAUUUACAUGCAGAUCAUCACAUUGGUUUAAUAGGUGUUCUACAAGCGCGUCGUGAGGCCUUGGAAGAAGUUAGUUCUGCAACACCCCCCACCCCGUUAUACUUACUGGCGCCCGGACAGAUCGUGAGCUGGCUGUCCGUGUACGACCAGCGAUUUGAGAGCAUACGGGCUGACUUCACUCUCAUACCUAACCAGAGUUUGUUGGAAGACAAACAAAUCGAAAGCACGAACCCGGAGAUGACGUCAGCAGUUCUGGCCAGUAUUGGAGUCCAGGGUAUCAGGACCUGUCCAGUGUACCACUGCCCUAAUGCCUUCGGCGUGGCCAUACAAGUGGAUCAGGAAUAUAAAGUGACCUACUCCGGAGAUACCAUACCCUGUGACAACCUUGUUAAAAUUGGUAAAAAUUCAACUCUUCUGAUCCAUGAAGCAACAAUGGAAGACGAUUUAGCAGACGAAGCUCGUACUAAAAUGCACUCGACAACUUCUCAGGCGAUAGACAUCGGGAAGGAGAUGAACGCCAAGUAUACUGUACUCACUCACUUCAGUCAAAGAUACGCGAGACUGCCGAGACUAAAUCCUCACAUAUUGAACGAUAAUAACACUGUUGGAAUCGCCUUUGAUAACAUGCAGAUAACUAUGAGCGACCUAGAACUCCUUCCUCACAUAUAUGCUCCUUUACAACUAAUGUUUGCCGAACAUUGUGUGGAAUUAGAAUUAAAAGCGGCGCAACGAGCGCGACAAAAGGAAAAACGGCCAUUGUCUCCUAAUCUGCCCACUUCCGGUGCUAUCCGGAAUUAUUCAACAGAUAAAAAACAAGAUGCCAUAGAGAAUAAUGGAACGAUAGAUAAUAUGGUCAUAGAUAAACAAAACGGUGAAGAUUUUACAAGUAAUGACUCUAGUAACAGCAGUUAGCUGAUAGUUUUAAUUUGAAUUAGACUUGCUUUUCAUCAAUGAGAUAUCGGUUGUAAUUGUAAUUAAUUGUUAUUUUUAUACUUUUAAGCUAUUAAUAUCCGGUCAUUGAAAUGAUGAAGCCAUAUUGUCUCAUUUUAUUCUCAGUAGUUUAAUAAUUGAUCUUCAACAUCAUCUAUUAGCAAAAGUUGCUAAUUUCAUCAAUAGUGUGUUACAUAGUUAUGUAUAACACAUAAUAUCAGUGUAAUAUAUUUUUUUAUUGUUGAAAGAAAAA